AUGGCCUUCGAUAGAACAUCAGUAGCAUUCAUAGGGCUUGGCGUCAUGGGCUACCCUAUGGCUGUCAAUCUUCGCAAAAAGAUGAGCCCUGAAGUGACACUAUGUAUUUGCGAUGUCUCUGAGACAGCCCUAUCCCGUUUCCAAGCGGAAAUGAGCGGCGAAGGCCCGAUAAAAGUGGUAAAAAACGGCUUUGAGGCAGCGAAUGCUUCGGAUAUUGUACUUUCCAUGCUUCCUAGUAGCGCUGCUGUCAAAUCAGUCUACUGUGAUCCCCAAACAGGUAUCUUAGGUGGGGCAAAGGUUGCAUUUCAGAAGUCGCGGGCUCCUAAGUUACUCAUGGAAUGUGGAACAAUCGAGAGCGAUACCAUAGCAGAAGUCGCGAAAUCUGUUUCAGAUACAUCUCGUGAGUUGGGAGACAGUGAAUACCUCAGUUUUGUUGAUGCUCCAGUGUCUGGUGGUCCUAUGGGUGCCGAGGCUGGUACAUUGACUUUCAUGGUUGGGACAGAUCGACCAGAUCAGACUUUCGAUACAGUAAAACAGGUUUUGAAGACGAUGGGAUCUCCGGGUGGUAUCUUCCUGUGUGGCGAUAUUGGCGCCGGGACGGCAUUCAAAGUCAUCAACAACUACUUGUCAGCUAUCACUAGUCUGGCAGCUUCGGAAGCUUUGAACAUUGGAUCGAAACUCGGCUUGAACAUUGCUACUCUAACUGAUGUCAUCAAUGCUAGUGGAGGACAGUGUUGGGUUACUUCGAAGAGCAACCCAGUUCCUGGCAUACAACCCAAUACGCCGGCUAGCAGGGACUACGAGGGAGGUUUUCGCAUCGAACUUUGCAGGAAGGUACUCAAGAUGGGAAGCGAUUUGGCCGCCUCUGUUGGUGCACGCACAGUUCUCGAUCGAUCAACGCUCAAGGCUUUCGACGAGUGCAUGAGUGAUCCUCGCUACAGUGGGAAAGACGCUCGUGUGGUCUACAAGUGGCUCAACGAAAGCGUCAAUUCAUGA